AUGUCACUGUACCAUGAGACGGCCGCCGUCUUGGCCAGCUCCGAAGGGGGCUCCCUCAAGGCGCGUGUGUUUCGCCUGAAGACGCUCAAGUCGGCCCCGUCACAGGUCUACGCGCUGGCCUUUGAGACGUGCAAAUGGAGCCCCGUCCUGAAGGAGGUGGUCGAGAAUGCCCAGCUGCUGCAGCACGAGCGCAAGUUGACACCCGUUCUUGCCUUGCUGCUUGCCCAUGAUCUGCUCCUGGCAAAGGGCGGCGUUGCCCUGCCCGCCUCGCACGGGCUGCGCCAGUCGGCGGAGCGCCACAAGGCCCGGCUCACGGCCGAGCUCACCCGGGCGCGCAUCCGCAGGAAGGCGCCGUCUCUUGAUGCUCUCAGGGCCGAGGUGGAUGAGGCGGCGUCGCCAGAUGCAGGCCACCCGCGCUGGAUCCGCAUCAACACUUUGAAAACCUCGAUCGCCACAGAGCUGGAGUCCACCUUUGCAGGCUUUACGAAGGUCGCGUCGAUCCCGGACCUACUCGCCCGGAGCAAGCCAGAUGGCAUAUACAUGGACGAGCACAUCCCAAACUUGAUUGCCGUAUCACGCCGCGUCGACAUGAUCAAAAAGGAAGCCUACAAGUCGGGCGCCAUCAUCCUACAGGACAAGGCCUCCUGUUUUCCCGCCUACCUGCUGGACCCCCGCCCCGAGGAUGGGGAGGUCGUGGACGCGUGCGCGGCUCCCGGGAACAAAACAACCCACCUUGCCGCCGUCCUCAAGUCCCGCCGCGCCGCGUCCGGUUUCGCGGGGCCGCUGCGGAUCCAUGCCUUCGAGAAGGACCCUGUACGUGCCAUGACGCUGGAAAAAAUGGUCAAGCUGGCAGGGUCAGACGGCUUCACGUGUUUGAACAAAGGCAAGGACUUUCUCAAGGCGAACCCAGACGAUGCGCUUUACGCGAACGUUGGUGCUCUGCUACUCGACCCAAGCUGCUCGGGCAGCGGCAUUGUCGGCCGCGACGACGCCCCUGAGCUGCGACUCCCCAACGCCCCCGGAGUCAAGGGGACGACAAAGCCGGAGCACAGCCCAGCAAAAGGGAAGCGGGAUCGCAAGCGGAAACGUGGGGAUGAAGGCCAAGACGACGGCGGCAUCAAGGAGGGCGAAAGUGAUGGUGCCGGGCAGACGCUCGUGGACGACGACGGUAAGACUACGGUGGUGUCCUCGGAAGCCGACCUCAAGGCCCGGCUCGCCGCGCUGUCGUCGUUCCAGUGCAGCCUCCUGGUGCACGCGCUCGGGUUUCCCGUGGCACGGCGGGUCACUUACUCGACGUGCUCGGUGCACGCUGAGGAGAACGAGCACGUGGUUCUCGCUGCCCUCCGUUCCGAGGUCGCGAGGGAGCGUGGCUGGCGGAUCCUGACCAGGGCUGAGCAGGUCGACGGCAUGCGGCGGUGGCCGGUCCGGGGGCGGGUCGAAUUCUGCGGCGGAGACAAGGGCGACGCGCAUGCCGAGGCCGUGGCGGAGGGCUGCAUCCGGGCGUACAAGGGGGACAGCCAAGGUGUCAUGGGCUUCUUCGUGGCGGCCCUAGUCCGAGACGGCGGCGCUGCGGGGCCCGACACGGCCAGGCCCAUGAUCCAGACGACCGCCAGCGACAGCAGGGCUGAUAUGGAUGACUCUGAGGAGAGCGAUUGGGGAGGGUUCGAUGAUUAA